ACCAAAUGGGCAAGCGAAUGCAUUUUACAUCCGGCCGAUCGAAAUCCUUCCUCAAUUGUUCCAUCUAGUGGACAUUACACGGAACUGAAGGCACACUGAUUUGAAGUGGACACGUCAAAAUAUCUUGACUCGGCGGGUUUAAACUGUCGGAAAAUCACGAUAAGUGUGUUUCGCGUUUUCGUGUUGUUGUGCGUUGGGGCCAGCCAAGAUGGCGGAACAACUGGACCGAGUGAGAAUAUCCGCCGCCGAACUUCGAGUCCAAAGCGUCGCGGCGUCCACUUCGACACUUGACAAAGAGAACGGUCACGUGCCCAAGAAACACGGUCGCCAUCCCGACCUGGAGCGGUACCGGCGAGGGGCCGGACAGGGACGCCAGCGCAGCGACAGCGAGGAAGCCGAAAGCGGUCCCACGCCCAAAAACGCCCCAAAAAACCUUGUGUGCACUGACAAAGAGAUGGGAGGCGACGACAGCAACGUUCCCGCUGUCGACAUCGAGGCCGCUCGGGAAAAAGACCCGCCGAAAAACCACCAAGAAAGUCAGGAUCCCGCCGGAGCCGUCAAGCCAAAGAAAGCUCGCAAACCCACCCGAGAAUUUUACCAGCCCGGAAUCCGCCGGAACGCGCAGGGGAAAGACUGCAGCGGGCCGCGAGAGCAGGAUAAGCCUCUCUCGGGGAGUUGUGAGCGUACAGCCGACCGGGACCGGCGCGGCGACGAAAGAGCGAUGAAGGAGAACGCGGAUGACGGAAAAUGCACUCGGGAAAACACGAAAUCCGACGAGGGAAACGGGAACGAAGGACGGCAGGCUCAGGUGAAAGUCGCGGUGGAGAAACUUGCGAGCAGAGUGGAAAAACUCAACGUCAAGGAAGAAGCGUCUCGCGGAGGUGGCGAGGACGCAGCCGGCCGCAGAGGGAAACGGACGCAUCAGGAAAGACGGGAAGAAAAGACGGGAAACUGCCGAAGAAGAGGCGGCGAGAAGGAGAAGAGCCACCAUGUCGUCGCGGGGCCGAGCCAGCGGGAAAAGGAGGGAAGGGACGUGGAUGCGGUCAACAAACCGGGAGAGACUCGCCCAAACGAGCUGAGAGCGAGCCGAAGAAGAAGCGCCGACGACGACUGCAAAAAGAACAGCGGGAAAGCCGACGAAGGCGCCCCCACGCGGAGAAGCUCGCAGGCCGCGGGCCAGCAGAGCGAGCGCCGCAAAUCGGACGGCGCCGCCCCCGCCUCCAAGCGCUAUUCUAAGUCGGACAUCCGACGCCGUCGCACGUACAGCAGCAGCUCGGCCGGCAGCGUCGCCGCCGCCAACGGCCACGGCCGCCCGCAGAGUGGGACGUGCGGAUCACGCCUCCGCGACCGCAACCCCAACGGGGAGUCCUCGGCCGACUCCGCCGAAGUAAGCGACGCGGCAGACAGCAGGAGGACGGACGGCGCGUGCGAGGGACGCGACGCCUCCCGGCGGAGGAAAGGCCGAGGGGUCUCCGCGCAGAAGAAACGGGGCGCCUCCGGGGAUCGCCACAAACACGGGCCGGCUCCUCGAGGCCGCGGCGGAGGUAUCUUGGUGCUGCCGGCCCACAGUGACAUCUCCAACCCGUCCGAAGCGAGCCAGCGGAUGCUCUUCGCCGGGCUACGCGGAGGAGCUGCCUCGCGGGUCCGAGGAGGCCGCAGCGGAGGCGCGAGGCGCCUGUGGGACCCCAACAAUCCCGAGCAGAAACCAGCGCCGGCCCCCGGCGGCCGGCGCUCCCUCCCGCAGGCCGACUACCCGCAGAUGGGUUACGGACAGCUGCACUUCUUGGACACGGACGACGAAGCAGCGGGGAGUCCCCCAUCGUCGCAGCGCCGGACGACUGCCUCGGCCCGCUACAAGUUCCAGAAUUCGGACAACCCCUACUGCUGCCCCGCCCCCUCGGGCCAGCGCCACCCCUUCGCGUCGCCUUACCAGACGGCCAACGGAGCGUACCUGACGGCUCAGCUGCAUCGAGGCUAUCCCAGGCCGGGGGGGCCGCUGACGGUGGAGGAGGCGGCGCAGCAGGCCAGGGGCGAGCUGGGCCGUGUGCUCAGGGCGGCGGACUCGCAGGAAGUCCAGCUCAGCAACCUGCUGUCCCGAGACAGACUCAGCGCCGAAGGGCUGGAGCGCAUGACCCAGCUCAGGGCGGAGCUGCUGGCCGUGUACGAGCGCGUGGUCCUCAGCGACAUCGAGCUGGCCGACUCCCACGGCGUGGACCAGGCGCUGUGGAAGAACGUCUUCUACCAGGUCAUCGAGCGCUUCCGCCAGCUGCUCAAGGACCCCGCCGCCCCCGACACGCCGCACAUCCGCAACAUGCUGCUCACGCUGCUUGACGAGGGGGCGCAGUUCUUUGACGCUCUGCUCCACAAGUUGCAGAGGGUCUACCAGUUCAAACUGGACGACUACAUGGACGGCAUGGCCAUCAGGGCGCGGCCGCUGGGCAAAACGGUGAAGUACGCGCUGAUCAGCGCCCAGCGGUGUAUGAUCUGUCAAGGGGACAUCGCUCGCUACCGCCAACAAGCUAGUGACUCGGCCAACUAUGGGAAAGCCCGCAGCUGGUACCUGAAAGCCCAGCAGAUCGCCCCCAAAAAUGGGCGUCCGUACAACCAGCUGGCCCUGCUGGCAGUCUACACGAAACGCAAGCUGGACGCCGUGUAUUACUACAUGCGCAGCCUGGCGGCGUCCAACCCCAUCCUGACCGCCAAGGAGAGCCUCACCAGCCUGUUCGAGGAGGCCAAGCGCAAGACGGAGCAGUUGGAGCGACGCCGGAGGCAGGACGAGCGGCACGGUGGCUCCGGGGGGCCCGCCGUCAGGGGGCGCGCCGGCCCCGAGGACGGGGCGCGCUCCGAGGUCUGGGUGCGCCCCGGCGGGCGCUCGGGCGCCGAGGCCGCGUCCGCCCGAGGAACCGCUGGCGAGUCUGCCGGGGACUGCGAACUCGACGCGGAGCUCGACGACCUCAGCGCUAGCGACAUCAGCAAGAGAUUCAGCCUGAGUUUUCUGCACGCACACGGGAAGCUCUUCACCAAAGUGGGGAUGGAGUCGUUCCCCAGGCUGGCCCAGCGGGUCCUGCAGCAGUUCGCCGCGCUGCUCCAGCACGGCCCGUCCCUCCUGGGCGCCACGCAACUGUUGCAGAUCGUCACCGUCAACAUGUUCGCCGUGCACAACGCCCUCAGUCGAGAUGAAGGAGGAGGAGGCGGUGGGGAGUCUCGCUCGAUGCUGCAGGAGCAGAGCACGGCGCUGGGCCUCGGCAUGUUUGCGCUGAUGGUGCAACGCUGCACGCAGAUCCUCACCGACACCCCCGCAGCCCCUGCGUCGGCGGCAGAGCAAGAGGACAAAGACGGCGAGCUGGAGGCUCUGCUGAGGGUCUCCGAUUUCCCGGCGGACCUGCGCGAACUCUUGCCCGCCGUCAAGGUCUGGUCCGACUGGAUGCUGGGCCACCCGGACCGGUGGAACCCGCCGCCCAGACUCAUCGACGUCGGCCCAGACGUGUGGCGCUGCCUGGCCCUUCUCUGCAACGUGCUGGCGCGCGUGGACCACGGCGAGGUGCCGCUCUACAAGAUGGACACGGACGAGGCGGAGGGGGACGAGGAGCUGACCGUGCUGCAGCUGGACGAGGACAGGCUCCUCGCCGGCUUCGUCCCUCUGCUGGCCGCGCCGCAGGAGCCCUGCUAUGUCGACCGGCACACCGACACGGCCAUCGCCGCCGACUGCAAACGGGUGACGGUGCUCAAGUACUUCCUGGAGGCGCUGUGCGGACAGGAAGAACCUCUGCUGGCCUUCAAGGGCGGCAAAUACGUCUCUGUGGCCCCGCCCCCUCCCUCCGCCGCCUCGCCGGACGUCGGGACCGGGCAGGACUCGCUGUCUGACAAGGAGGCCGACGAUGUCAUCGUGGAGUCCUCGAUGUCCGCGUCGGAAGGCGAGGAGGACGAGGACGCGGAGGGCGACGGCGAGAGCGACAUCCGACAGCUGAAGGCGCGGCGACACGCCCUCGCCAACAAGCUGGCGCAGCAACAGAGACGCCGCGACAAAAUCGAAGCGGUGCUGGAGACGACCGGGCGGCUGCAGCUGGUGGUCCAGCCUCUCUUCCUGGUUCCCGACACCAACGGCUUCAUCGACCACCUGGUGGCGCUCAAGAAGCUCCUCCACUGCGGAAGCUACAUCGUGGUGGUGCCCCUCAUCGUGAUUACGGAGCUGGACGGCCUGGCGAAGGGCCAGGACGCUUCUGGGUUAGGAGGAGGAAGAGGAGGAGGACACGUCCCGGCGGCGGCACACGUGCGCAACGUGCAGGAGAAAGCCCGCCGCGCCGUGCAGUUCCUGGAGGAGGCCUUCGAGGUGAGGGAGCCGCGACUCCGGGCGCUCACCAGCAGGGGGAGCCAGCUGGAGUCCAUCGCCUUCCGCAGCGAGGACACCUCGGGACAGCAGGGCAACAACGAUGACGUCAUCCUGUCCUGCUGCCUGCACUACUGCCAGGACAAGGCCAAGGACUUCAUGCCCCAUCAGAGAAACGGGACGGUGCGCCUUCACCGCGAGGUGGUCCUCCUCACUGACGACCGGAACCUGCGCGUCAAGGCGUUGACGCGCAACGUACCCGUCCGGGACAUUCCUGCUUUCCUCAGCUGGGCCAAAGUGGGCUGAAGGUUCUGCGGGACCGGCGGCACCUCCUGCUGCGGGAGGGGGGGGGCCGCCCACCACGGGAUUAAACACCCCCCUUCCGCCCCUCCUCAUCCUCCUCUUCCUCGGGAUGACGCGUGCGAGGCGGUAAGUGCGGCCAUUGGACGCGCAACGGCGCGCUCCCCGCGCCCACGGCGGAGAAACUUCCGGGCGCUGCGCUCUGUUCUGUUGCGCCGGGCUAGCCUGCUAGCGCGCGCGGGGAAGUUCUCACUUCACUUUGGAGCGUUUGAAAGAGAAAAGUUUGUCGCGAUCGGCAGCAGUUUGGCAAGUGUUGCGCUUUGCGUGCCGCUUCUUUCGGAUUGAAGUUACAUUCCGUUGAUCACAAUUUCAAAGUGAACAUUUCAAAUGUCCUCGCAUCCUUUGGCGAUAUUUCUUUUUCCUUCAGUUUCACUUUGCAUUUUCAACGUUUUGUGUGUCCCACUUUUUAAUGGCAAAACUUUUGGCGUGCAAAGGGUACGUUUCUCUUUUGGAAUUUGCGUCUUCAUCUUGUGUUUCGGCUCGUUUGUGUCUUUUAUUUAUUGGACUCCAGAAUUUCUUUCCCGCUGGUGUUCCAAUGCAGCAGUUUUGCGUUUUAGCAGCCUGAUGAAACAUUUUGCCUGAUCUGUCAUUAAAGUGUUUUUGACGGC